GUGGACGCAAGGGCUCCCCCUAUCACACUGGACAGCUUCACCCUGCUGUCCGAGUGGCUGAUCUUCUCCAGCACAUCAAUCAAAUGAAAACAGCAGAAGGGUACGGCUUCAAGCAAGAAUAUGAGAGUUUCUUUGAAGGCUGGGAUGCUUCAAAGAAGAAAGAAAAGACCAAAGGGAGACAAGAUCACAUGCCCACCUAUGACCGACACCGGGUUAAGCUCCAUCCACUUCUUGGUGAUCCCAAUUCUGACUAUAUCAAUGCCAACUACAUUGAUGGCUACCAAAGGUCUAACCACUUCAUAGCCACGCAAGGCCCCAAACAGGAGAUGGUCUAUGAUUUUUGGCGGAUGGUGUGGCAGGAACACUGUUCCAGCAUAGUGAUGAUAACAAAGCUGGUAGAAGUGGGAAGGGUUAAGUGCGCCAAGUAUUGGCCAGAUGACUCAGAGAUGUAUGGAGACAUUAAAAUUACCCAGAUGAAAUCAGAGACUCUGGCAGAAUACGUGGUGAGGACAUUCGGCAUGGAAAGGAGGGGCUAUUCAGCAAGGCACGAAGUAAAGCAGUUCCACUUCACGUCAUGGCCAGAACACGGGGUACCCUACCACGCCACGGGUCUGCUGGCAUUUAUUCGCAGAGUCAAAGCUUCUACACCUCCUGAUGCAGGACCCAUAGUUAUUCACUGCAGCGCUGGCACUGGACGGACUGGUUGCUACAUUGUCCUGGAUGUGAUGCUGGAUAUGGCUGAGUGUGAAGGAGUUGUAGACAUUUACAAUUGUGUGAAGACUCUGUGCUCACGGAGAAUCAACAUGAUUCAGACUGAAGAGCAAUAUAUCUUCAUCCAUGACGCCAUAUUGGAAGCUUGUCUCUGUGGAGAGACCAGCAUUCCCAUCAGUGAGUUCAGACCUACAUACAAAGAGAUGGUUAGGAUAGAUCCACAGAGCAAUUCAUCUCAGCUGCGGGAGGAAUUUCAGCAGACUCUGAAUUCUGUAACACCCCACCUGGAUGUGGAGGAGUGCAGCAUUGCCCUUCUACCACGCAAUCGCGAAAAAAAUCGGAGUAUGGAUGUGCUGCCUCCAGACCGGUGCCUCCCUUUUUUGAUCUCCAUGGAUGGAGACAGCAACAACUACAUCAACGCGGCCUUAACUGAUAGCUACACCAAGAAUGCUGCUUUCAUUGUAACCUUGCACCCCCUACAAAACACCACAACAGAUUUCUGGAGGUUGGUAUAUGACUAUGGGUGCACCUCCAUCAUUAUGCUAAACCAGCUCAACCAGUCCAAUUCUGCCUGGCCUUGUUUACAAUAUUGGCCAGAACCAGGUCUCCAGCAAUAUGGGCCCAUGCAGGUGGAAUAUAUAUCUCGGUCAAGUGAUGAAGAUGUUGUAGCCCGUCUUUUCCGGGUGCAGAACAUAACACGGUUACAGGAAGGACACUUGAUGGUCCAGCACUUUCAGUACCUGCGGUGGUCAGCCUACAGAGAUGUUCCAGAUUCGAAAAAGUCUUUCCUGAAUUUAUUAGCCCAAGUAGAGAAGUGGCAAGGAGAGAGCGGCAAUGGCAGGACCAUUGUCCAUUGUUUGAACGGAGGUGGACGGAGUGGUACCUUCUGCGCCUGCACCAUGAUCCUGGAGAUGAUCAGGUGUCACAAGCUGGUGGAUGUUUUCUUUGCCGCAAAGACCCUUCGCAACUAUAAGCCAAAUAUGGUCGAGACCUUUGAGCAGUACCACUUCUGCUACGAUGUAGCCCUGGAAUAUCUGGAUUCACUAGAGACCAGAUAGCAUCUUGUCCAAGCAUCCCAAAGGCAAGUGUUUGUAUUGGGUUUGGGCAAACCUGCAUUUUGCACCCAGAUUUUUUUUUGAAUUAGAAUGAGUGAGUGAGAGAGAAAACAAAGCAAUGCAAUGGAAUAAAAAUGAAAAAAAAAGAGGCAAGAUACAAGGACUAUGUUGUUCAUUCUCUACCUUCAUUUUUGUUCCUAUCCUCCUCCUCCUCCUGCUUCUCCAGUUGCCAGCAGAGCAGAGCCUAUACAAACUCAACCCAUGUACACAGUGUUGUGCAUAUGCCAGCCAUGAGUUUGAUACCUGCGUGUCAUUUCUAUGUAUAUGGAUACUGGUGUGCGGAACGGGCAUCCCCGGUGGGUCUCCUUGUGACCGCUAAGACUCAUCGGCUGGAAAGAACCCAGCACUACACAGACAGCAGACAACAAGCAAAAUCCAGCCUCUGUCAACACGGCCACAGGAGAUUGGAAGAAGCAAUGGGAUUCCUUCUGAAAGCUAAGAUGCUUUCUGGGCAAAAGGGAAAAAAAAAAGAGCCUCAAUCAGCUUGCAGUUGGUCAUUCUUUGGGAAAGCAACGUGGGACUCAAAAGCUCAUUGGACUUGUACAGUUUUCAUUCUGUCUUUAUAGCCACCUCUUUCGUGUCUCCAAAUGAGUGCCUGCCUCCAAAGAGAGUCUGUAAAUUUUCCAUGUGGCAGGAAAACUGCUGUUAAAAACAGAACAAAACCCCGUCAUCUAAGUGGAAGGAAGCACCCGUGCCUCUUUCUUUCCAAUUGAGGUGUUCAGAUAUUCUUCAUAACCACCGUAACUGUACACCUGGGUGUUUUGUUCCAAACAAGCUAUGGAAGAGCCUUACUUAGACCAUAGAAUCUAGGAUUGGAAAAGACCUCGGAGGUCUUCUGGUCCAACCCUCUGCUCAAGGCAUGAGACCUUAUACCAUCUCACUCAAACGGUUGUCCAGUCAAUGUUUGAAAACCUCCAGUGACGGAGCACCCACUCCUCCAGGAAGCAAGCUAUUCCAUUGAUUAAUUGUUCUCACUGUCAGAAAAUGCUCAGAAUAAUGGUGCCUGCAGCCUGCUGACCCUGUCAGGCAUCUUUCCAGGCAGGGGGUACCUAACCAUAAAACUUCCUCAAUAGUGUAACCCCUUCGACAACUUUGCCACAAGAACUCACGCACAGAUGCAGACUUCAUAGAUUACCAACAAGCAUGUAAGCCAGAAGAGAAUCAGUUCAUAAGAGUGAUUCAGCAAAGGGGCAUGAGUGAGAAAGGGAAAGGUCCUAUCAAUCCAGAUAAUUCUGUUUUAGAGUCAAGUGUCGACUUUCCUGUGUGUGCUGGUGGCGGUUUUGGAAUGAAAACGCAAUGACAAAUAGCUGUUUUCAGCACCUAUGACUAAUGUGGUGAGAAGACAUUUAUGCUUUGGAAAGGUGAGCUGGUUGGGUUUGCUGGAAUAGGUAGCUUUAUAUUGCCUUUGCGCAGUUUGGCUUGGAGUCAGAAUUUACAGGAGUUAGUGCUCAAAGAUGCCAGCAUAAGUAUAUGAAGGAUGGGCAUGUAUGUUUUUAUAAGAAUCCAAGACCUUGGAUCUCAUUUCUUUCUUUUGCUCCAUCAGCCAAGCUAAUCAGAUUAUUUCUACGUCUCCCACUCUUGGUGCAAGGUUCUGUUGAGAUAAUUAAUACAGGAGUUUUUAAUGCAGAAUAGCAUUAGAGGAGGGGAUGUGCUCUGCAUGAAAAUUGAGGCCCGCCAUUCAUUUAUUUAAAGAGCCCACAGACACUCCAGAUAGACUUAGCAAAAUUUUUGCCAAAUGUGGAGGACCAGCCUAUUCAAAACGUUUGGCCAUUUCACUUAAAAAGCCCAAAGCCUCCAAUUUUCAGGCAACAGGAUGCAGACAAGUACAUGUGCAAAAGUUUAAAAAACAAUGCAGACUUGUUAAUGUGCCUUUGUAUCCUUUAUGACAGGGGUCAGCAACCUGUGGCUCUGGAGCCGCAUGCGUUUCAUCCCUCUGUCACCGGCCAGCUCCACAAUUGAUCGGGCUUUCGGUUAGGACAGGUAGAGGGCUCUAUGGUGGGGGGAACCGGACUUCCG